UCUGCAAAGCUAGUAACAAAACUUUUUGGUGACUGUAGCUUACCUUGUAUCCUGUAAGAUCACCUAAAAGAAAUGUUCUUAUGGAUGUUGAUUAGACAGAAUAAGAACCACCCAUUGAUAUGCCAAUGUAAUAUAUUGUAUGCAAAUCUAACUUCUUCAAUUUAGAAUUAGGGUAGACUUGUGGACCUCAAUAAUAUUGUUCACAAAUCGGCUGACAAAAAAGCAUCCUAUAUUCCUAUUCCUAGUAAUAGUUUUGUACUAGGGAUAUUUUCAUAUCCAUUCUUCCUUUUUUUCUCAUAUCCAUUCUUCAGUUCCACCAUUCGCCUUGUAUGUCAAUAUUGAGAUGAUACACUUGUAUUUGGAGUUGAUAUAUAAACGGGGGCCAAUCCAGGCUAUUUCAAAGUAGAAGGAUCGAGGUCAUGCCCAGUGAAAUAGAAUCUUUCGUCACAGAUUGAUAAUUAAAGUUUCAGAGGACAGUGAAAGUAUAUAAAAACACUGCCUGAUUAAUGUAAAUUUGUCCUGGAGACAGCAUUGAAAUCCAUAAAUAUAUAGAUCUAAAUUAUGGAUGUUCACGUUAUGGUUCAGCUAAUGAAGCUAAAUGAUUUGUGGGAAUUAUAUAUUUUCUAAUGGUGUUGACUUGUAAGUUAAUAAUUAAUCCUUCAUUCUCACAACACAUGCAUGGAACUUUACUUGAUAAUAAUUUCAAUGAUUAUUCAAUUUCUUUGAACAGAAAAAGUGGAGAGUGUGAGCAUCAGCUUCCCUAUAAAGCAGCCCGGACAAGUGCUUUCCUCAAACACAACUAGCACAAAUACUUCAAAGCAAAUAUAAAAGAGUCGAGUCAUGGCUAAGAAUCAGCAGACUCUAGCUCGGUUUCUAUUUUCUCUUGUUUUGUUUUUGGCCCUCUUACUCUAUGUUGAUGGUAAGACAGACAGUCACAGCAACGGUCAUAAUAACGGUCAUAACAAUGGCCAUGCGACGAGGAGAGGAAGAUGGGAGGGUAAGCUGAAGAUGAAAUUCUAUCACAAGACCUGUCCUGAAGCCGAGGAUAUCGUGAACGAGAUCGUGUCCGAGAAAGUCAAAGCAAACCCUAGCUUAGCUGCCAAGUUAUUGAGAGUUCAUUACCAUGACUGCUUUGUUAGGGGGUGUGACGCAUCACUGCUUUUAGAUUCGGUUGCUGGCGAAGCCGCGUCAGAGAAGGAGGCGAGACCUAAUCUCUCGCUUGUAGGGUUUGGAAUCAUCGAUGAGAUCAAGUCAGUUAUUGAAAAACGAUGUCCCAAAACCGUCUCCUGCGCUGACAUUCUCACCUUAGCCGCCCGCGAUGCCGUCUCGUACCAAUAUGGACGGCCACUAUGGAAUGUAUUUACCGGACGUGUUGAUGGAAGAGUUUCAUUGGCGACAGAGGCCACUAGAGACUUGCCGUCCGCUGGGGCAAACUUCACUUCUUUACAGAAACUCUUUGCCGAGAGCGAUUUGGACGUCGUUGACCUCGUUGCUUUAUCAGGAGCACACACAAUAGGAACAGCACGUUGCGGUGUAUUUAGUCGGAGGCUGUUGAACUUCACCGGAAAAGGGGACACAGAUCCUUCCCUAAACUCAAGCUACGCCUCUUUCCUCAAAUCCAAAUGCUCCGACAAAUCUCAAAGACUCAACUCUUCCGCAGUGGUCGGAAUGGACCCCACAGGAGCACUCUCCUUCGACAGUGGCUACUUCGUAUCUCUCCUACAACACAAAGGACUCUUCACCUCUGACGCUGCCUUGUUGACUGAUUCCUCAGCCGCUCACAUUGCUAGUGUUUUCCAAAACUCUGAAAGCUUUCUUGCUCAGUUUGGUCGGUCUAUGAUCAAGAUGAGCUCCAUCAAAGUUCUUACACUUGGAGAUGAAGGUGGUGAGAUUCGGAGAAACUGUCGCGUCGUCAACUAAUAAAAAUCACCUUGUACCCAAACCGUCACCGUGAUUUAAUUGCACCAUGUAAUCAUCUACUGAGAUUUGUUUUACUUAUGUCUUUACUAUUAUUACCAAAAGUAAACAUGAAUGAUG